GUUUACAAAAAGUCCUCAAAUAAAACAUGCUGCCGCAAAAACCAGGAUUUGUGUAGCCGGUCCCGAUUGCAUCAUAUUAUGAGUGGAUUCUUUUACUUCGACGUUGAAUUAAAACUUGCUCAGGAACCGGACCAGCUUCUACCGAUCUACGUGAAGGCGAGUUUGGAGCAGUCCCUGCAGAAAGUGUUUGGCGAAAUCGGCGGACAAACAGUCGUUGAUUUGCUAAAGUUCGACCCGAAGCGACGCCGGCUGAUUUUGCGGGUGCCCAAAGACUUUUACGCCAAGCUACGUGCAGCUCUCACCCUCAUCGGAGAGUUCCAAGGUGUUCCUUGCCACUUCCUCGUGCGUAAGGUUUCUCCACUGUUGCUUACGCUAGUGGAAACACAUCUCGACUUCUAA